CGUUCGGCUUUGAUUUGUGUGCCAGUGGAUUAUUGUCGUGAAAAAUUAAACAAAUCUUGAAAUGGCUGAUAUGGUUCUGUGUUACGUAAGUGCAGACAAUGUUACUUUAAGGGUUCAUACAUUGUACCGCAAAAAAAAAUCGGGCGUGACCUGUUUUGUGUCGGUUUGUUCUUUACGUAAGACGUGUUUUAAAGUACUUUGCGGGAAUGUGAAUAAAAGGCUUCGAACGUCGUCUUCUAGAGACUGUGGAAGAAAAUUAGUCAACAAGUACCCAGAGCAAGGGUUGCACCACGUCGACUUUGUGAACAAUUUUUGAUUUGAAGAGGACGAUUUUCAAGAAUGGUCGUUUCAAGAAACACGGUGCUGCGGCCUUGCAUUAAAGAGGUAAUUUUUGUUUCGGGAGUUCACCAGCAAACUCUUCGCCCUGUUACGAAAAGAGUCUCAGAGCUUCCCUCGCUUCGCUACGGCACAGUUGGGGCCAAGGCGGCCAGCACAGGACCCCUCAGAGUAGCAAGUGUCACAGGCAAGAAAAAGGAGGCACGGAAUUCCAAUGAGGGCAAAACUUGCCGGACUGCUCGCCGCGUGCGCUUCGCGCUGCCCCCCACAGAUGUCAGUCCGUGUGUUGGCGGCGGUGGCGUCGUUUCUCCGCCGGUGGCGGGAGACGGCUGGUUACGAACUCGCGCUCCUUUCAGUAAGCGUUCAGAUGCACAUCGUUCAGAAAGCGUCGGAGUUUAUGCUUCAGACGCCGUCGUCGAUUCACGUCGCGCCGUUCCAGUCACUGCUUCACCGGGAGUCCGGAACAGGGUUCAUCCCACAGGAAGAUACAUCCGGGGCACGCUGUCUCCAACGGCCAACGCUUCGCCGCACGCGGCCGCCUCUCCAGAGGGACAGGCCCUUCUGAGGGCGGCCCGCGAUGCCGACGACCAUCUCCUGCGGGACCUCCUGAGGAGGGCUGCCCUGGUGGGCAUCGCCGAGAGUGACUUGAAUGCGGGUGACAGCAGCGGAAGGACGGCACUGAGCUACAUCGCAUCGAACGGAUCAAUAGACUUAUUGGAACAAAUAUUACAAUUACCGAGUUUGGAUCCCAACAAACCCGAUAACGAAGGCAAUACUCCCCUGCAUUUUGCUGCUCAAGCUGGACAAGUUGAAUGUUUAAACUGUUUGUUGAGUCGUCGAGGAAUCGAAAUCGAUGCUAGGAAUAAUUUAGGUUUUACGGCUUUGAUGAAAGCUGCGCUUCAAGGAAGAAACAAAUGUGCCAAAUUAUUACUGUUCGCAGGAGCGAAUCCAACAUUGCGUGAUAAUGGACGUGGAUUUCGUGCCGAUCAGUGGGCGAGAUUUUGCGGUCGGUAUGUUUGUGCCGAUGUUAUUGAGAAGCAUGCAAGACAACGACUUUUGGAGAGAUCGACGUCGUAUGGGAAUUGGGGCGGAGAGAACGAGCUGGGGGCUAGAGUCCUUAUGGGAAAAGUCGUGCCCGUUCCGCCGAUUCCGCAACAGUCCUCGAACGGCCUCAAGUCGAAGCUGAAGAAGGUCUUUCGCACGUCUUCCGGUACAGGUCGCCAUGAAGACUCCUAUUCCAGUGCCAGAUUAGUCACCCAGUUGACUUCGGCCGCGUUAUGCGCCAGCUCCCCCGUUCUUCCAUCGGCCCCCACAGUGCCCCCGGUGGUCAAAUCCCUGAUCCGCCCCCUAACCGUCCCCAAACUCCAGAUCACUUUAGUCAACAACAACGGCGAUUACCCCAACAACAACCUCACUAAUGGGGUGGCGAAGCCGCCCCCUGACAGCAAAACGCCCAUCAUCAAGCCAGCGCGGACAAAAAAGAAGAAAUAGCAAAAGCGUGGCCUCUGCAGAUGUUAGAGCCGCAAUGAAGACACGAGAGACUGGUCGUAGGGUUGUAGUUUUACAAUUGUGAUUAUUGUAUAGAGUUUUUUUAAUACGUAUUUAUUAGCACAAUAAUCUAUCGUGGAUAACACCAUAAAUUAAGUAAAUAAAUUCAUUAUGCGCCGGUCACACGUUUCGGGAAUUUUAAUCGGGAAUGAAUCACACGAUUUGUGUGCUUGGGCACAUUUCCAAAACCAAUUUGUUAACACACACAACGGGAAAUAAACCGUUUAUUUAUUUAAUUUAUUGUCAAGGUGGUUCUACAUGACAUUUUAAUCUUACGUUUCUGGGUAUAGUUUGAUAAAAUCCAAUUGUAUUUUGGUGGCAGUUUACACGUUUUAUUGGCCUUCAACCAUAUCAACGUUAUGGGGAACAAAGUCGUAACAUUAUUCUGUUUAAGCCUAGCUUCUAGCCUUCAUCUUGUGAUACGAUAUUGGCAUGUCUUAGAUAUUAUAUUAAAUAACAAAACAGCUUAGACGACUGAACCUGCCACUAUACCCGUGCUUGUUAAAUAAUAAGGAAUUAUAUUCUUUGCUUGUUACCUUUCAAUGUGUAUUACAUAUCUGUGUCUCUGUCAGUACUACACAGAGCUGUGGUUGUGUUUUUAUUAAUUAUAACCGAAAGAAUUGUUAGAGUUACCUACCAGGAAGACUAACCCAGAAUAUUGCGGAGGACGUAUACUGUUUUGAUGUUUUUAUUAUUUUUUUUAAUCGAUGUACUUAUUUCAAAAUAAAUCUUUUUAAAAACUG